AUGGACAAGAGUGGCCUUCCAAGGGAUUCCAUUCGACGCCGCCGAUGCGCCAACCAGGUGACGACGGCCAGCCCCAGUGAAAAAGCCGUGCCAGAGCACCCAAGCCACGCUCUCCUGACUGGAUGGAUGAUGGGCAGCCACUUUGGAGAGCCAGAGCUUGUCACCUUGGCGGAGGAGAGAGGCUUCAACCAUUGCCACCGCUUACUAUCACCAAUUCGCUCAGCUAUACGACUCAGGAUGGAAAACUACGAUAAGCCGUUUCCCAAGGAUCUAGACGGUCCGCCGGGCGGGAAGAGCUCGUCAGCAGAAGCGGGCAACUCCAGCGGACGGAAAGCUGAACGUGACCUGGGAAAAAAGCGCUGGAGCCAGAGGAUGAAGCUCUCCAUGGCUAACACGCCAAAAAGUGACGGACCACUCACAGGAGCAAACGGCACGGGUAACGGUGCGGUGCGAGCGGAGCGUUUCCACAUGGUUUCUGGGCUUGGAGGCUUAGGAAGAGAAGGAUGA